AUGUCGCGAACCCUUCGCUCCCUCCUCUUUGUCCCGCAGCUUCCCCUCGCCCGCGCCCCGCGACGCCCGCACCUCUCGCCCCGCCGCUUCACCAUGUCGGCUCCGAAGGCCCCGACCCCGAAGGCCCCGACCCCCGCCUCGGUGUCCUCCCUGCGCGUCAGCUACUCUCGGGCCCCCGCACUGGACGAGGCCAUGCUGCCGCCGGCCCCGUUCGCCCUGUUCGCUGCGUGGUUCGAGCAAGCGAAGGCGUCGGGCGACCCCGAGCCCAACGCCAUGUGUCUGGCCACUGCCUCGCCCGACGCACGCCCCUCCGCACGCAUGGUCCUGCUCAAGGCCUUUGAUGACAACGGCUUUGUGUGGUAUACUAACUACGGCUCGCGCAAGGCCGCGCAGCUCGCGGACAACCCGUUCGCGGCACUCACGUUUUGGUGGCCGUCGCUGGAGCGCUCGGUCCGGAUAGAGGGCAAGGUGGAUCGCGUCCCGACGGAGGAGAGCGAUGCUUACUUUAAGUCGAGGCCGCCCGCGAGCAGGCUGGGCGCCUGGGCGAGUGAUCAGAGUAAGCCGGUGGGGGAGAGGCAUGUGGUAGAGGAAAGGUGGAAUGGCUUGGUAGAUGACCAUUUGGAUGAGAAGGGGGGGUUGAAGAAGGAGGUCGAGAGACCGCCACAAUGGGGCGGCUUUAGACUCGUCCCGGACCGCGUCGAGUUCUGGAAGGGGCGCGAGGCCAGGCUGCAUGACAGGAUUGUGUAUGAGCUUGGCGAGAACGAGGACUGGACGCCUAGUGAGGAACUUAAGGGCAGCAGUCGCUGGACAAAAACGAGAUUGCAACCAUGA